CAUUCCUAACAUUUCCGCAACGCUUGGCUUAUCAAAUAGAGCAAAGUAAAUGUUUCAUCACACUCUUGAAAUGAGUCAUAUUUGGCUGGUCUUAGGCAAAGUGUAGUUUACUUAUAAAGGUUUAUCAAGCUAUAAAGUGAAGCAAGUCUCGCGUUGUUUACGUUUUUCUGGCAGGCAGAUUAAUCCUAAAGUAGGUUAAGCAUUGUUGUCAGUUUUGUUGAAAAUAACUGGACCAAAUCUGCCUGCCAGCAGAAUGCAAACAAGGCAAAUCAACAACUAACUUUGUCAUGCAAUGAAUUACUGGAGUCGGAAAGACUAAAUUGACGUGUGUAGCCAUCUUUAAAGAACCAUUGUGUAAAAAAUUUCAAGUAUUCUAUAUUUUAUGUGAGAAAAGGUUGGUGAUGAUCAAUCAAAGUUUAUCACGUCGAAUAUUGUAUUUGAAAUGUCAAACCAACAUUAUGUUAAUCUGGCCAAUGAUGUUGUUGGAAUGAUUAAUGAACAAAAUGAGGCAUAUGUCCCAUCACGAGUCUCUUACAAUUCAUCUUCAUCUCAGGCCUCUGCUCCUCCUGUUUCCAGCAAUGCCAGUCGCCAACCAAAUUUACCUCCUGCCAGUCAGGCUAAUACCUCUUUAGAAAUUAUUGAAGGUCAUGAUGAAAUAUUUGAUCCACCGCCAAACUCAGAUUACGAAUGCCCAAUAUGCAUGAUGGUACUUCGCAAUCCAGUACAAACGAUUUGCGGUCAUCGGUUUUGUAACGGAUGCAUGAAUCAGCACAUACGAUUAAACGGCCCGAAAUGCCCUUCAGAUAAUCAACAGCUCAAUACAAACGAGAUAUACGCCGAUAACUUUGCCAAAAGAGAAAUCAAUCAGCUAAAUGUCAAAUGUCGUACACUAAAAAAUAACAAAGAAUGUCCGUGGAAUGGUCCCCUAAAAAAUCUUGAGGACCACCUGAAAACUUGUGAGUACGUUGAGAUUCCUUGUCCCAAAGGAUGCAAUCAAAGCAUUGAGAGGAGAGCUCUUGAUCAACAUUUGAGAAAAGAUUGUCCAAAAAGAACUGUUACUUGCCAGUAUUGUAAAACAGAGAUUCUACAAAAAAAUAUGAAGGAUCACCUUGGGAAAUGCCAAAAAGUAACGGUCACUUGCCCAAAUUGUAACAAAAAAAUGCUUCGAGAAAAGUUGAAUUCUGGUCACGAGAAGGAAUGUCCGAAAGCAAACAUUUUUUGUGAAUAUCGAAAUAUUGGAUGCAAGUGGUCGGGUCAAAGACAUCAAGUGCAACACCAUCUAAACAGUGACAUGAAGGAGCAUUUAUCUCUGAUGAAUGUUGCCUUGGCUAGUUUAUUGUCUGCAAAUGGCCGCGAAAGGAAUCGACCAGCCUCCAGAGCAGAAGCUAGUACGAGUGCUGGCGCGAGCAGCAGCAAUGCUGCAGAUACGAUUGACAGAAACUUGGAGGAGUUCAACCGCCUUGUCAAAAGAAAUAACGAUCAAAUUAACGCGUUGAUGUUGAGAACUGAACAAAUUGAACGAUCUUUUCGAGAUCUUACCGCACGUGUUGACAGACAGCAUAGAGAAAAUGAAGCAGGUUUGACUAGUGUUAAGAACACGAUAGUUGAUUUGGAAGCACGGAUGUGUAAUGGCGUCUAUCUUUGGAGGAUCACGAACUACCCUCGCCAUCGAGAAAACGCAAGAGAAAACGUUGUGACAGCUUUACACAGUCCUCCUUUUUACACCAGCUUCUAUGGAUACAAAUUGUGCUUGAGAAUCAACCCAAAUGGAGUAGAUACUGGCUAUGGUUCUCACGUGUCUUUAUUUGUACACAUGAUGCAAACUGAGUGGGAUGAUACGCUUGAAUGGCCUUUCUCAGGACGAAUUUCUUUAUCCAUUCUCGAUCAAAGCGAUGGCGGUGAUUAUAAACGUCACAUAAGUGAGACAUUAGUCACAAGACCAAACCUACUGGCAUUUCAGCGACCGACAACGCCUCGCAAUCACAAGGGUUAUGGUUAUGUUGAGUUUGCUCACGCCGAAACGCUACAAGACCGACAGUACCUAAAGAAUGACUGUCUUUUGAUUCGGGUCCAAGUAUUUCAAUAAUCAGUAGGUUGGAUUACAGAUAGAAUGUGGUGUGUAUGUGAGUAUUAUUAUGGAACUCUAAAUGUAGUUUAAAAUCAUUAAGUCUGGUCUUUAUUUGCGACAUAAUCGCCAGUGAGGAUCAGGCAGAUGGAAGCGGAGAAUGAAAGCAGAUCGUGACAUAAAUCUUGCGUGGAACUUUGCAUUUAUAUUUUGCACUCAUGUAUUAGUUUUAGUAAAUUCAGUCUCGUUAAUAUUUAAUUCAAUAAUAUUCAAUAAUGAUGCUAUUUAAAAUUCAAUAAUAACCAUUUUUAAAGUGAGAAUAUUCAAAAAAUUAACUGCGAUUUGGAAGCUGCAUUUGCCAAAUUUCCUGAAAUUUCAUAAGCUUGAAACGCGUGCCACAAUCAUUUCUAUUGCAUCAUUUUUUUGACAAGCUUUUUUAAAAAUUCCUCUCUGUAGCAUAGUUCUCACUCUAAAAAACGGUUAUUAUUCACGACAAAUUAACCAUUAAAAGAACGAGGGGGAAUCCAAUUGCCUAUUUUCAACAAACCAUUAUGCGAAUCUUGCGCGCUAAUAAAUUUAGCAGCGUUUUUGCAACUGUAAGCUUUUUCCAUACAACUUGUAUCGCUCCACAUAGUUGAUUAUUGAAAAAGAUCACUUCGACUAAUAGAUGUGGUUGAAAAGUCAGCGUUAAUCUUUGUAAUCAAGUCCAGUGCUUACCCAAAAAUUUGCAAAACAAAUAUAUAUUACGAAACACACUCACAAGACCGAAAAAGUGGAUGAAGCCUAUUUCACAAUUUUAUCAAAAAGAAUCGCGAUAGAUUUAUAAUUGAGUGGGCUAGGGGGCUCAUAUUCUUAUGUUCAUCAUGCAAAAUCCGUAAUCACCAUUGAUUUCAAUGGAAAGUAUAGUAAAGUGGAACAUUCAUACAUAUAUGAAUAUUCACCCCACCAAUUAUCGAUCUUCUGCGUUCAGUGAUUAAACAUCAGGCAAAUUAAAUAAAACUGACAUACGUCAUGACUUAAGGUCAAAUGGACGAACAGGAACAUUGUCGUGAAAAUUGCUGUUGAAAAAAUUAUAAUGUAGCUUCGUCAACCUUCAUGUUUAAUCAAUCCAACUUGCUGUUAUAUCAGUCUAAAAAUGAUGUUGCAACCUACUCGAAUUCCAGUAUUCUAUACAAUCUCAUUUUCUUGUGUCUUGAUGUAGUCCAUAUCAUAUGGAUUUUACAAGAUAUUGACUUUCGUAUUGUGUUUCGUUUAGUAUCAUCAAAUUGUUCUGUAUCAUAAAACUUUUUGUAUGUCUUCAGUUCAUUAGAGAUCACUUUGUUUCCCUAAAAAAAGCACUUCCGUUUUGGGAAAGCCAAUAUGCAGUUCUGCUUUCUCCUUCUUUACAUUGAUACUUUUUAACUAUAUAAUAGUGCUAUAAAACCAGUGUUUACGUGGUCUGAAAAAUAUUGAAAGCAUGAAAACAAGACAAAAAUAACAAAAACUUUGUUAAAUGUUAAAUGUUUGGUGAAAUUUUCUCGUAGAAUGACCAAUAAUUUUUAGUGUAAUUUUUUGUUUUGCAUUUGUACUCUAAAUGGAUGUAAAUUAUUAUAAAUUGUAAUAAACAUGGGCCGUUAACUAUGUCAUGUAGUAAAA